AAAGCACUGGGGACGACUAUUACGCGACGACACGACAACAAAUUUUAUUGCAAGAGAAUUAAAAUACGAAUUUAUGUUAACCUGUCGCGCAAGCUGUCUUCGUUUUCCAAGGCUGCAAAGACGACUUCCGAAUUUACUGUUCUGGUUUGCUGUAAAAAGGUCUUCAUUUCAUUCUAAUUAUAGAGAUAUGUCGUCUAGCCAUGGAGUACAAACUGUGUGCGGUACUAUGGACUUUGGUCGCUUGACUGAUGAACCACAGGCAAAUGCCAUGGUUAAACUCUGCAUUGAUUCUGGUUGCUAUGAAUUUGAUACUGCAUCUCUAUAUGCAGAUGGAAAGUCAGAGACUAUUAUGGGAAACAUGGAGUUGCUUAGAAACCAAAAGGUGCUUAUAAAAUACUUGUUCUUAGUUGUUAYAGCAUCCAAGGUCAACCCAAUGUGGAGCAAGCAAGGUUUGCAAUAUGAUGGUGUUGUUGACCAGUUUAAGUCAUCUCUUGAAAGGCUUCAAAGAACCAGCAUUGAUAUUUUGUAUCUUCAUUCUCCUGACCAUAGCACACCAAUAGAGGACACAUUAAAAGCUGUCAAUCAACUUCACAAAGAGGGUAAAUUUAAGGAGUUUGGUCUAUCAAACUAUGCAGCUUGGGAAGUAACAGAGAUAUAUCAUAUCUGUAAAAACAAUGGCUAUGUAUCACCCACAGUCUACCAAGGGAUGUACAGUGCCAUAACCAGAGAUGUUGAGAAAGAACUUUUUCCAUGCAUCAGAAAGUUGGGUUUGAGGUUCUAUGCAUACAGUCCGCUCAGUGGAGGAAUCCUGACAGGGAAGCAUGUGUUCGCCGAUAAGGAUGGUAAGCUACCAGUUGGUCGAUUCUUUGGCACAGGAACAUGGACGCAGGUAUACCAAGACCGAUACUGGCACAAACCUGUUUUCAAUACAGUUGAGAAAGUGAAAAGUAAGCUUGAUGAAGUCUAUGGUAAAGGUGCUGUCAGUGUACUCGAUGCUUCGUUAAGAUGGAUUUACCAUCAUUCUUUGUUGUCUGGACAACAUGGUGACAAAGUUAUUCUUGGAGCCUCAAAACUUGAGCACUUGGAAAAGAAUCUCGAAGCAACAAAGCAAGGUCCUCUUCACCAAGAUGUGGUUGAUAUUUUCGAUAAUGGAUGGAUGCAGAUCAAGGGGCUUUGCCCUAACUAUAAUCGCUGAACAAGACGAAUUAGACAAGUAAAAAAUGUAAAAGUUAUUAUCGAAUAAUCAAUAAAAUCCACCAAUUUUAGAAGUUUUUAAA